UUACAACCCGACAACCUUCAACCUCCAAAAUUUAUGUUUUUCCUUUCCUUUUACUUACCUCAAUCAAGUACAUUUAUGUUCUUCUUUUCCUCAAUCAAAUCCUUGGCCCUACAUUCUCUACCGCUUAUAAUCAUACCUUCCUCCGCCCCCACCUCAACAUUUAAUUAUUUCGUUGUUAUAUUCCUCAACAUAUACUAUACAUGGCUAUAUAUACAUAAUACAUAUAUAUAGUUAUUAUUCUCUUAUUCGUAUAAAGUGGUUGGUUCCUCAGAAAGAAAAUACAAGUGCUAACGUUGGAAAAUGGUGGGUGUUAUUUCGUUGAUAACAGGUAUGGCUGGUCCAAGUGGGUUUGGAUCAGCUUCAACUGCUGAGAAGGUUACUGAAGGAAUUGAUGCUAGCAACCUUACUGCUAUUAUAACAGGAGGAGCAAGUGGUAUUGGGUUGGAGACAACAAGAGUGUUGGCUCUUAGGAAUGUGCAUGUCAUCAUUGCAGCAAGAAGCAUGGAAUCUGCAGAGAAAGCCAAGCAACAAAUAUUACAAGAGAACAAGUUUGCACGAGUGGAUGUAAUGAAACUUGACUUGUGUUCAACAAAAUCUGUCAGAUUAUUUGUGGAGAGUUUCCUUGCUCUUGAUCUUCCUCUCAACAUCUUAAUAAACAAUGCUGGGAUCAUGUUUUGUCCCUUCAAGCUUUCAGAAGAAGGGAUUGAGAUGCAGUUUGCAACAAACCAUCUUGGUCAUUUUCUAUUGACAAAUCUUCUUCUUGACAAAAUGAAACAAACUGCAAAAACAAGUGGAAUAGAGGGAAGGAUCAUAAAUCUAUCGUCAAUUGCUCAUAGAUACCCUUACUGCAGAAAGGGGAUUAGAUUUGACAAGAUCAAUGAUAAAAAUGGUUAUUCGAGUAAAAAGGCCUAUGGACAAUCCAAGUUAGCCAACAUAUUACAUGCAAAUGAACUAUCCCGUCGUCUUCAGGAAGAGGGUGUGAAUAUUACAGCCAACUCUGUUCAUCCAGGAGUAAUAAUGACUCCUCUUAUGAGAUAUUCUUCUUACCUUAUGAAAUUCUUGAAGAUCUUCAGCUUCUACAUAUGGAAAAACGUCCCACAGGGAGCAGCUACAACAUGCUAUGUUGCACUUCACCCAAACGUGAAAGGUGUGACUGGGAAAUACUUUGUGGAUUGCAAUGAAUUCAAGCCAAGUUCAUUUGCUAAAAAUAAACAGUUAGCAAAGAAACUUUGGGAUUUUAGUGACAAGUUGAUCAACUCAAUCUCGAAAGCUUGAUGGAGCACACUUGAUGUUUGGUUCACCAAUUUAUCAUGUUAACUCGUUAUUAUAUGUCAUAUUAAUUAUGCGAUGUUGUAAGGUGUGUGUUUUGUUGUAAGGUGCAUGUUUAUUUACAGUAAAAUGUAUGGCUCUAUAAGGAUAAGGAUGUUUAUAUGCAUGUGUGUCGUGGGGUCUGAAAUAAAUGUCAUUCCCCGUCAUUAAUUUCUAUCAUAUUUAUAUUUUAUUUUA